UGUGUUUAUUAUUAAUUUACAAGGGGCUACCAACCAUAUGAAACAUUGUUCUCGUGAUAAAGAAAUAAGUUUUUAGUUUGUAGCAGUCACUAAAUAUUCUGAAUAAAGCACACGGCUUAAGACAAUGUAUAGCAAGUUACAGUAUGCUUAAGGUUGUUUACUUGUGACUACAGUGAAUAAAAUUACCAUAAAGGAAAUGUUACAGUUGUGGAAAACAAAUAGAAAUUGAGACCACGCCACAAAAAUGGGAAAGAGAGUAACUAUUCAAAGCAUAUCACAUCACUAUACUGGCUGCCCACUGAUUCUGUUGGUGAACGUAAUACACGUGAUGUUGUAGAUGCAGGAGAUGAAACAUUGUAAACAUAAUCCCUCUGCGGUGCACAAUUUAUCACUGAUGAAUUACUUGGCAGACCGACUGGAGAACAUGAUGGACCAGAUUGAUUUGUGGAACAGAUUGAAAUGGUAUGCCUACAGUACUGGUAUUAUUAUACUGAUGUUGUGGCAUCUGUCGCACUUGUUGAGCAUUUGCAAUAGCCAAAAUUAAGUCAGAUUUAAGUUUGAGCUUUCUGUCAUCGGGAACUUUACGCAUUUCCGAAACAAGAGAUAGUAAAAACAAGCGAUCCUCAUCUUUUUCAUCCGAAGCUGUACUUUCCAUACAUAUUUUUUUUUUUAGUACACUAAUAAGCUCAUCAUUUUCUUUGAUCUGUCUCUUCCGUGAUGUUUUUUGGAUAUUUACUGGGUUUUCUUCUUGUUGUGUUGAAAUAUCAUCGUCUACUUCUGUUUCAACAUUAAGAUCUUCGCCAGAGACACAGUCCAUACUACUUGUUGUUUUCUUCGUCACAGUUUCUAAGAAACGCAAUGUUUCAAAAUAUACAUAAUACUGCUUUCGGCCACUAGCCCCAGAACCACUUUUUUCUGUCUUCUUUUUCAGAAGUUCUCUAGCAUAGCAUGUCCGGAUACUUUUGCACUUCUUCUGUAGAGCAGCAGCUGUAACAUACCGUUUACAAAUUUGUUAGGACACAUUCUUAUUAGAUUGUGUACAUUUUCAAUUUAUUAUAUUUUGUUACAGGUACUUGGGUGCAGGUUCAACAAUGUCAGACCUUCACUUCCAAUAUAGGCUAGGAAUCUCUACAAUUUCUACCAUUGUCCGUCAAGUUUGCAAGGCAAUCUGGAUUCGACUGAAGCGGAUAUGUUUCAGUGAACUGACAGAAGAACUAUGGUUGCAAACAGCAGCACAAUUUUACGAAAGGACGAAUUUUCCACAUUGUAUGGCAGCACUGGAUGGGAAACACGUUCGCAUAAUCAAACCUGCUCAUAGUGGUUCUUUAUAUUACAAUUACAAAAACUACUUCUCAAUACUCCUUCUUGCUUUGUGUGAUGCAUCGUAUAAGUUCUUAUUUAUAGACGUAGGUGCAUACGGAAAGUCAUCAGAUUCCACAGUGUUUAAAGAAAGCGUAUUUUUCAAGAAACUUCAGAACCAACAGCUCAACAUACCGGUGCCACAAGAAUCAUAUGCAGGAUUUGAUGGACCUAUGCCCUUUGUCUUUGUUGCUGAUGAAGGUUUUGGACUUUCUAAUAAUAUUUUACGGCCUUAUUCAGGUAAAUUUUUAAGUGUAAAAAAACGUAUAUACCUACAACUACAGACUCUCCCGAGCGCGUAGAUAUAUCGAAUGCACGUUUGGCAUUCUCGUAAACAAGUGGUGUAUUUUUCAUAGGCCAUUAAAUGUUGACUUAACCCUAGCAGAAGACAUAGUCAGCGUGUGCUGUUUACUACACAACUUUGUAAAAGAAAGGGACUGGAUUCGCUUUGAGGAUACUUUAACAGUUGAAGGGCUCCUUGAUAUGGAACCCGCUGGACGACCAACACCAAGACUUGCAAGCAAUGUUAGAGACAUGUUUGCCAAGUACUUUAUAAGUGCAGAAGGUUCCGUCCCUUGGCAAAUGGAACGUAUUUAAGAACCAUUGCAGAAAACGUUUGUGCUAAAAUAUAAUUUAUUAUUGUUGAAAAAUAUUUGCUGUCGGUAGAGAAAUAGUUCCGUAUCACAACAACAUUGCAAGUCAACAACACUAGCACAAAUUUCUCGAAUAUUAAAAGAACCAUUAAACGCAAAACAAAAUUUAAAACUAUUGUAAACUAUUUUCAAGAGGCUUUUAUAAGUGUGGACAAGUGUUUUGUCAAGAACAAAAAAAAAUAUUUUCAGCCGCUACUCUAUUACGGACGUACUUUCAGUGUAGUCACUGCCUCAUACAUUUACAAAGCGUAUUAUGUAUCACUAUAUCUAUAAACCAUUACCAUAAUGAAACUAAUAUAAAGUUUUAUCUUACCUAUUUCAUUUUUCUCUGGAGAUGGUUUUUCAUCGAAAUCACCGAAGAAUUUCGUUAUUACUUAGUGCCAUGCAUUUCCUUUUUCAAGUUUAUUUCCGUAUUCUUCAAGUGUACUGUUCCAAAUAGCCUCGUUGUUCUGUACUUCAUAAAUAAGGUCUUCAGUGUUUACUCUUUCUUCUAUUAAUUUAGUAAUAGAACGGUUCAUAUCAACACGAUGUGCCAUGGUUCGGUCACUUCACAACUAUGGGAACGGCAGACGCCACUCGCCAGUCGCGCCGACCAGUCGCCUCGUGUGAAAACGUGUAUCUGAUUACAUGUUUCAUAUCCAGUUGCGGCAACUGUAGUUGCGGCGAUCAGUUGCGAUAGUGAGCAACUGCAAGCGACUGUCGCCUGCUCGAGCGACUGCAGUCGCCUCGUGUGAAAGUUAUCAUACAAAACAAUGCUCCACUAAAAGUUGCGGGGAUCAGUCGCCGCGAUCAGUCGCCUCGUGUGAAAGGAGCCUUAGAGUCGGGGAACAAAAUCAACAAGCAAGUUGAUACAUACAACUAGCCAUGGGGAACAUAACGUCAGUGGCGCAACUGACGACCGUUCAGAUUGUCGGCUCGCCGCAGGAGAAGGAUGCAUCAGGGUCACCUCAUGUCCAGACGACACCUUCCUCAUGGUACAGAGGUAGCCCACCUCCAGAGUGCCCCAUGCACAGGAAGCAGCAAGUGUGCCUGCCUGCUCUUAGUGCCUGCCGGAAGCAGUGCUCACGUUCUUGCAAUGACUACAUUGUCCUAUGAAGCCUCCCAACUGUUGACUGUCGGGGAAUCUUCAUGUCCAGUAUCACAAGCAGAAAAUGAUAUUAACCCACUGAACAUGAUGCCUUUACCUAACCAAAUGCCGGCACCUGACCAACCAUUCGCGUUGCCGCUUGAGCGGGAAGUGUCGUCAAUACCUAAGGCUGGCACCAAGGAUGAGUUCUGGGUCUACCCCUCGCAACAGAUGUUCUGGAACGCCAUGCUGCGCAAGGGCUGGCGCUGGAAGGAGUCGGACCUCGCUCCCAAGGAUGUUGAGGCCAUCAUCCACAUCCACAACUCAAACAACGAGGCGGCGUGGCGGGAGGUGCUCAAGUGGGAGGCCCUGCACGCCCACGAGUGCUUAGACCCGCGCCUCAAGAGGUUCGGAGGCAAGGCCGCCGAGUACUCCCCCCGCGCCCGCAUCAGGCACUGGCUCGGGUACGAGCUGCCGUUCGACCGCCACGACUGGGUAGUGGACAGGUGCGGCAAGGAGGUGCGCUACGUCAUAGAUUACUACGACGGACCCAUCGAGCCGGGCAACUACAAUUUUGCGCUCCUGGACGUGCGACCAGCCCUGGACUCGUGGGAGAACUGUUGGGACCGCAUGAAGGUUGCAUACUGGAGGUGGCGGUAUGCCAGCGAGACGGACUCAGGCCAUAGCUGAGCCUCCACUGGCCAGUAGCUUAGCUCUUAUUUAUUACAUGCACCUGCAGUUCAACCACCAAGUGUACUGCUUUUGUGAUUUGUUUGUUUUUGUGUUCCAUAAAGAUACCAGUUUUUAUUAUUAGAAGGUAAUGAUGAAUUAUGUUUUUACACUAUUAAGUCUUCUACAUUUUCCAUGUUACCUUUCCUGUCCAGCUUUUUUACAGUAAUCAAUGGUUGUUUUGGUUUUUAUAUAAAAUAAACCAGUUACCAAUACACCUGUGUGCGUGUAAGGUUUUCUUUCCCCCUUCAAAAUCAAUUGAAUUUAUUAUUUGAAUAUAGUUUAAAAAAAAUCUUAUUUUCUCCUUUGAAGAGUGGUUAUGUUCCUUAAACAUGCAAAUUUACAGGAAACAACUUGUUGGAAUCACAUUUUGUAUUUAGAACAAUGUUAAAUCCAGAGACAUCCAAAAUUUCUAGCAAAUUGCAUCAUGUUUUGCAAAUUCCAUAUUAGAUAUAAGAGUUUUAAAAGCAUAAGUUGUACCAAAUUAUGAGAUGAAUGAAUAUCUAUACAUAUUUUGUUAUUAUUACAAUAUGUUUUAUUAUUUGAAAGUAAAUGCCUCAGUGAUUUUGUCCAUUUGCAUUUUUUUGCUCACAGCAUUGCACAACGCACAAAUUGUUGGUAUGUAACAGGUUGAUACCCAUUAAAACAUCCAAUAAAUCUCCAUGUGCAACAUUCA